UUUGAUAAUGAGAAAUAAUAUUGGUAUUGAAAAUGUUAAAAUUAAGCCUUUUCCUUCUUCUUAUUCUAAUUGUAACCAUUUCAACUGGUAACGAAGAUGAUGAUCUGUACCGGAUUCUUGGAGUGAAGAGAACUGCAUCCCUAAAAGAAAUUAAGCAAGCUUACAAGGCACAAGCUCGAGAAUGGCAUCCCGAUAAAAACAAAGACCCUGAUGCAGCUGAUGUUUUCACUAAAAUAAAUGAAGCAUAUGAGACCUUAAGUGACGAGGAGAAGCGACGUCAGUAUGACAGAUUUGGUUACACGACCGCACGUGAACCUCAAAGACAACAUGGCUUUCACCAAGGUGGUGGUCCUUUUGAAGGAUUCGGAAAUUUCUUCAGAAGUUCCGGAUUCCAUUUUGGAGGAGGGGAAUCUAUCAUUGAUAAAUACACUGUCACAUACAGAAUGUAUGAGACGAAGAUCCUCCCUGAGAGCUACAGUCGACCCUACUUCUUAUAUGCCUAUGCAGAUUUCUGUUUUGAAUGUUCAAGAAUUGACCACCAUAUAGAGAAAUUCAUCAAAGAGCUUGAUCUCGUUGGUAUUGGAGUAGGAACAUUCCAUGCCGGACAUGCUGGUGGAUUGGCAUCGGAGCUCCGUGUCCAUCAUGUACCUGCCAUUUUAGGAAUCGUCAACGGGAGAUCAACUUUCUUCACCGGAAGCGUAGGACCUCAGCAAUUCCGAGACUUCAUCAGAAAGUUAUUCCCGGCAAAACUUAUAGAUAGGAAAUUGACAGAUGACACAUACAGCGCUUUUCUGGAUGGGUGGAUGGACAAUCAAAUGAGAGCCAUUAUUCUGGGACAGAAGGAGGAACCAGCGAUUAGAUUUCUUGCCACUGCCAUGCAUUAUAAAAAUUUUGUUAAAUUUGCGUACAUAAAUACUGCCUCACCGGAUAUAGGGAAAAUCAUGAAGAAAAACGGAGUUAACAAACACAGGGAGACUCUGCUCAUGUUUAAUGAGGAAUCAUCGUCGCCUGUGGCCACUAUUAGCAUGCACCAGUUGUCUCGUAGCACACUUAAUGAAGUCAUUGAAAGCAAUAAAUUCCUCCUGUUGCCGAGGUUGUCAUCCCAGGAAAAAUUUGAAGAACUUUGCCCCAUUGAGCGAUCGGCACGACGUAAAAAAUUGUGUGUGGUUCUAUUGACAAAGAAGGCAAAAGAUAACGAGAAAUAUCGUGAGUCGUUCCGUCAGUACAUUCGACGGUCUCCAUUCCUACAGCAGGAUCGCGUCAGAUUCACCUAUAUAUACGAAGAUACUCAGAAGGACUUUGUGAAGAGUCUAACAAAGGGAAGCAAAUCUGUUAUUCAAAAGAAUGCUGCAAAGGUUGUCCUAAUAUGGAGAAUGGACAUACAUCAUCUCAGCUAUGAUUGGUUGAAGUCAGGUUGGAGUGGCGACCCUCAGCGACUACAGGAAUGCGAGGAAUACCUAGAGGAGAAAGUCAAGCUUCUCCUUAACUCGGAUCAGUCUCUUGCAUACAAGAUUCUUUUACCAGAAUUCCAUAAUGAGCACGCUUUGGGACUUAUGGUGAGGAUAGUGUACAGACUUCUAGAUUGGGCCGACAGGGUUUUUUCCUACCUGACAUCGUAUGAUGGUUUCACGGUGGGAACUGUACUGCUGUCUCUAUUCCUCAUGUUUUUUAUGGGAUACUUCAUGAACAAAAUGGCCGCUAUUGAACAUGAGCAGGUGAUGGAAAAGAAACCAAAAAAUGUGAAGUCCAGACCUCCUUCAACGUCUGUAGACAACAAGAAGGUGAACUUGUACGAGAUCAACUAUAAGUCCUACGAUGACUUAAUUGUUCAUGUGGAGACAGGUUUGACCUUUGCCCUAUUAGUCGAUGAGGAAUCCAAAGAGAGGCUGCUCAAUCGUUUUGGGGAACUAGUUUUCCCGAACUACACAAGGUACAGCGCCCUGACGUUUGGUUUUAUCGACCUCGAUCUCUACCUGGGUUGGUAUAGACAUCUACUCGAGGAAUGCGUAGACUACAAACAAGACUUAUCUAACAUAAAAAUCAAAAGUUGUAUAGGAACAGUUCUGGCCAUUAAUGGUUUCAGAAACUAUUACUACAUCUACCAUCCAAAGCGUGUGCGGAAAUGGGUUAGAAAACACACCGAUAACAUUCCGAGCUCUAUUGGAUUUUUCGAUACAGACGAGGAAUCAGACUCCGAGGAGAAACGCUUAAGAGGAGAGGAACCAAAGGUGGAGGAUCUUCUGAAAGGCUAUAUAACAUGGAUGGAUCGAGUUUUUGAUGGAUCUGUUAAGAAAAUCCGUGUCCCAUACUGGCCUGAAAUGGUGAUCAGUUGAAAACAAA